AAAUAGUCUAAAUAUAUCGCCAAAUUGUAAAGAACAAUGUUUAUUGACUUAAUGAUAUGAUACGGAAUUUAGUUCGUUAACUAUGUUUACUUAUCAUUAAGAACCCUUAAUACGUGGGUAAACAUUUUAUUCAUGUUUAGCUCAGUCUGAUCUCGGAAUGGCCGUUCAGUGCAGCACGUGUUUCGCGCGAUUUCUACGCCGUGAGGCCUUGCUGUUGUUUACUCUGCUUGGAGUAUGUUAAGGCUAUGGAAUUGGCUUUGCUAUCAGAACGGCAGAUCCUUUGGAAGAUGUCCUAAUGUGGAUAGGGCUGCCGGGACAACUCUAUUUACGCAUGUUGCGUAUGAUGAUAGUACCCCUGAUCAUUUGCAGUGUUAUUUCAGGAACCGCCUCUCUAGAUCCGAAAUUGAACGGAAAGAUAACUAUUGUGUCAUUCGUUUACAUCUUUCUCACCAACUUAUUUGGAACUAUUCUUGGCAUCGUGUUCUGGCUUAUAUUUCAACCGGGUAAAAACCAGGCAGGCCUUAGAGAUUCAGCAGAGAGUAAAACACAAAUUCAUACUCAAGAUAUAUUUGAUGAUUUAAUAAGAAACAUAUUUCCAGAGAACCUGCUUAAAGCGACAUUUGUCCGAGUUCAAACAAAACAUAAGACCGUUACUAUUGCGCAGACUACUGCUUAUCCAAACUCAUCAGAAAGACUGCCAUCUGUAACUGAAGUUACAAAAUACCUUGGCGAAGCAAAUGGAGCUAAUUUACUGGGACUAAUAAUGGCGUGCACUGUUCUAGGAAUCGCUGCAUCUACAGUUAAAAAGCAUGGCAAGAUAUUUGUUAAUUUCUUCACGGCAUCAUCGGCAGUUGUAACAAAAGUUAUUUGUUGGUUCAUGUGGUAUUGUAUGAUCUUUGCAGAAUUAUUUGUAAUCAGACUUAACAUCUUAAACCUCACUUCCAGUAUUCUUUUCUAAAAUCACUAUUUUUUGACACUUUAUAACAUUUUAGGUAUUUCCAAAUCCAUAAACAUGUUUGACUUCAAAUACGAAAUUAGUUUUACUGGCUUUAGCCUGCUGAUGAAACAACAUGCUUUCAUUGCAUAUAAACUUACUUCUUAUAAGUGGUCACAUAUAUCACGUCAUAAAUAAUUCAGAUUAAUUUUAACAUGAUAUGAAACUUCAUUAAUCUUGAUAACAUCCCAGUCUUCAUCUUAGAAAGGCUCAUUGGAAUUAAAACGCUUUUUUGAUAACAAGAUACAUUGCAAAAACUUACACUUACUCUAUCCGUGAUCAUAUCUUACGUUACUCUAACCGUGAUCAUAUCUUACUUAACUCUAACCGUGUUAAUAUUUUACGUUACUGUAACCUUGAUCAUAUCUUACGUUACUCUAAUCGUGAUCAUAUCUUACUUAACUCUAACCGUGAUAAUAUUUUACGUUACUGUAACCUUGAUCAUAUCUCACGUUACUCUAACCGUGAUCAUAUCAUACGUUACUCUAACCUUGAUCAUAUCUUACGUUACUCUAACCAUGAUAAUAUCUUACGUUACUCUAACCUUGAUCAUAUCUUUUUUUGUGAAAACUAUUCUAUUAUUUGAUACAUAUCGAGAUUUUAAUUGAUUACUGCAGAGCACAAUUUGAAAUGGAGCAUAUAUUACUAUCUGUUUAAAAAGGACGACACCACUUGGUGUUCUCAGCCUCACUGCUGCUACUUCGGCAGAUAUUGACGAGGUAGAGGGAGUUUUCACAGAUCUUGGUCUCUUCAUAGCGGCCGUUGUUAUAGCUCUUGCUGUUCAGCAGAUUAUCAUCUUGCCCUUGAUUUUGUUUGUGAAAACACGAAGAAACCCGGUAAAACAUAUGUGGCAUGUAUCACGUGCUUGGGUUAUAGCAUUUGCAACGGCAAGCUCGGCAAUAAGUAUACCAGAAAUGAUCUCCGCUUGUGAGAACUAUUUGAAACUUGACAGUCGAAUCACCUGUUUUGUUGUAUCGUUUUGUGUCACACUCAGUGCCAAGGGAGCUGCUGUAUUCAUUGCCUGUUCCUGCCUGUUCAUUGCAAACCUGACAGGACACACACCUACCGUGGGCACUGUCGUUAUAAUUGGGGACCGACUACGAACGACAAGCAUUGUGACUAGCAACAUCAUUUGUGCGGCUGUAAAACACCAGUUAUGAAAAGCUGGACUUGACAAUAGUAAGGAAAUGACAGGAAUAUCACAUGACAUUUCAGAUAUCGCAAAAAGCUGCGAGGCUUCUUUAGAAAAUGAGAUUGUUGUGAAACUGUGAAGUGUAAUUGUUUCACGUUCUGACGUUUAAACUUUGAUAUAUUCAUAGUGAAAGUGUAACAUAUUUGCUAAUAUUGCAAUAAAAUGCAAGCGCAAAACCAGCUAUAUUGUCGCCUGAUCAACAAUAUGUUUUAUAUAGGCAGUUACUUUAAUAUCAAACGCUAGAUACUAUUUCAUCAUUACAUACGUAAAUUAAUGUCUAUGCUAAAUCAUUUGAAGCUUUAACAUUGGAAAGAGUGAAUUGGAAAACGUAAAGUUUCUGUCCAGUUGUACAUUAUUUUGUCCUCUUUAUAUAUACCGGACAUACCAAGUGGGGUUUGCUGUUUGUAUAUGCUUUUAGCUCGGUUAUUCAAAUGUAGAGCUUUUGCACUCUUACAAUCGAUGUCAGCGCCGUCGUUCCGAAUUGAUUAAGUUUUUGUAUGUAGGAUGGUAUUGUAGAAACUGCCAGAUGGAAUGGAUUGAAACUUCACACAUAUUCACUGUAAUGAAUUAACAUGAACACAGGUUCCAUAAUUCUAUUUUGCUAUUCCUCUUUUAGAGGUUUUUGCUUAAGUUUUCGUAUGAUAGCUGGUAUCUCAGUACGGGCAUAUGAGAAGAAAAACGUACUUGUUCUCUUUGAUUGUCUGAUAUGCACUGCACAAGUUCCUAAACUCUAUUUUGCUUCUUUACAAAAGUAUGCCCCUUCUCCGGCUUUUGCAUUCAUUCAUGGAACUUUCUUUAGUGACAAGGCUGUUGAAGAGUCGAGCGUAGCUGUCUUCCGAUAGCUCUUGUUAAGAAACUUGUUUUGAUAGCCAACAAUUUAUGUUUAUUAAAUGAAAAUAACAAAACGCGAAUUCAAUAAAGUUUUCCCGACGAAUGUGUAACUGACAAGCUAAAUUUCGAAUAAGGACAGUGAAUUAAUCUUUGUCCUCUAAAGAUUUGGACGUCUGUUACAAAUAAUAUGUUUGUAAUCCUUUAGAUUAACUUAUAUCGAUAAUGUUAUUACACUCCGGGAGGGAAGCUAUUAACUGUGCGCUUGACGUAAUUUAUCAAUGUAUUAAAAGUUGGUAAGGCAAAGCACUGGAAAUGGCAUACACGUCUGAAGUGUUUAUAUGCAGUUUCUAAACAGCUAAGUUCACUACGCAGGUUAGGGGGAAGAAAUCACUUAAUUAUUAUUAUUAUAUGAACGAAACGUAUAUGGUUGAGGUGAUUUUCUAUUGCAGAAAUGAAUGUAACUUUGAUUGCAGUUAUUGAUGAGUUUCCAAUUAAAACGUCAAAGCCUGGUCUGGGUCGCUAGCGCGUUGCUAUGGUUAUUAAAUAACCUCUGACUUGUAUUUUGUGAUAUAAUUCUAUUAUUCUGAUAUGAACAUUUGCUGGAGGAGAUAUUACUGGGUAUGAUGUUAUCAAUUAUACUAAAUUGCAAAUAACAGGUACCAAAGCUAAACUGCGUAUAUGUAUUUAUUGAACAACAAAGAACUAUCAAACAAAAAGGAAAUUGCCAUCUUUAAGGACUACAUUUCAUUGUUUAAACACCAAUUACAUUGAAGCAGUCGAACGUUUUGUUCAGACAAAUACAUAAUACAAGCUUCAUAUGUAGGCAUAUAUAUUUCAAUAAGCAACUUCUCUGAAUACAGAUCAGCUGGCUUUCACAAACAUUUUAAUGUGAUUGACAACCUUUAAGAAUAUUACUUUCCUCAUUUGGCACGUGACCAGCUUAUAAACUUAUAUGUCUAGUAAUAUAUAACAAACUAUAUUACGAAAUGUUUCAUCAUCAUAAAAGUUCAGGAUGUAUUGUUCUUUAUGAACAAACAUUUUCUGCCAAACUUAAAUAAAGGGAAGUUUGAUUAUUAUUUGAAAAUAUUCAUUAACAAAUGACCGAUGUAAAGUAGAUAUUUUAUCAGUGCAUGUAUAUUGGAUUAUUAAAAGUCAAAACCAGUCAAAGAGCGCCACUGCUUGGCAGGUGGCUGCUGAGACAAGUUGGAAUAAGAACAAACAUUCGAUUUAGCUGACUGGCUGCUUCAGGCAAGUUUUUGUGUAACACAGGUGACAGCUAUAUCAACUGUAUGUUUAUAUUAGAGUAAUUCCGAAAUAGAAUGUCUUGCAAUAACAUUGGAUUUUAGUCACUUUAAGCAGAUAACGGGAAGAAAUGGUAGUAAAGCUUUUAAGUUUUGAAUGUUAAUUUUAUAAGCAUUAACUGCGGUGAAAUUCAUACAAGUUUACAAAUUCUUCGAACUCAUAC